UUGGGCGCAUCAGGUGGCCUUUGGCUUGGAUAUAGCAGCGCAUGAGAAGGCAUGGCUCCCAGCCACAGCUGCGUGCUCCGCAAGGAAGAGGAGAGAUUGCCAGGCAAGGAAAAGAAUAAGCUGAGGAAGCCGGUGGUGGAGAAGAUGCGCAGGGACCGCAUCAACAGCAGCAUUGAGCAGCUGAAGCUCCUUCUGGAGAGGGAGUUCCCGAGGCACCAGCCCAACUCCAAGCUGGAGAAAGCCGACAUCCUGGAAGUGGCCGUCAGUUACCUGAAGCAACAGCAGCAGCAUCACAUGCAACGGCAUGCGUUCAGCCCGAAGAGCCCAGAAUUCGAUUUCAACACGGGCUACCUGCGCUGCCUGAGAGAGGCGUUGCAUUUCCUCUCCUUGUGCGAGCCCAAAAAGGAAGCCCAAGCUCGGCUGCUGAAGCAUUUCUGCAAAGUCCAGGUGACGGUCGAAGGAGCGCCGCCAAGCUCUGCUCUCAUGCGCUGCUAUGCGCCACCGUCCCCUUGUCCUCCGUCCAGACCGAAACCUUCCAGCAAGAGCCCACCAAGCGUGACGGCAACGCUCUGGAGACCCUGGUAGAGCCAAGGCUGUGAUAUCGAGCUGCUUUUAGUAGGGUCUCCCGUGUUGGUCCCAAACUUUGGUCCCAGGAACUGCGGAACUCUCCGCUGCGGCUCACACCAAGGUGAAGGCGGGGCUCCCGGCUGCGCUCGGGCUCAGCUGGGCUCCCAAGCAAUGCAAACCCAGAGGGUUCCUUGGUUUCAAAGCCCCUCUUUUAACAGUAGGAAGCAUUUGGUUUCCAUGGGAGGAGGAGGAGGAGGUGGACGUGGUGGUGGGGAUGGCUCUGUUUCUUCUCUGGCAAGAAAGGUUCGGAUCCGUGCCGUAAUUUUCCUUCAUAGUGAAGGGUGGUACCUGCACCUUGCAGUAGGUGGUCUGCUCAUCUGAGCUCUGCGAGAGGGCCUCUUCCUUCCCAAGGCCAAAAGCGGGGCCAAAUUCAGGUGGUUUUGCUCAAAAGAGGCUUCCCAGGCAUCUUGGCCAAAGCCUUCACAGCAUCGAAGGCCGGAAGGAAGGAAGGAAGGAAGGAAGGAAGGAAGGAAGGAAGGAAGGAAGGAAGGAAGGAAGGAAGGAAGGAAGGAAGGGGACUCUGCUCAUAGUGUCCUUUGGGGAGGAAAACGUACCGUAGUUUGCAUCAAGAUGUUUCUCUGUGGGCUUCCACUGUGUUGCCUCUUUCUUCAUGGCGAUUCAUUUCCAUUUCCUUUUUAAGCGUGUCCUUCAACGGG